AUGCCAGUAUUCAAAUUAACAUUAUUAUUUUUCGCCAUUAUUUUCAUAAGUAUCGUGAACUCUGAUCACUUGAAUGUUGGUACCAGUGUGAACAGUGAAUUAGCAUACGUAGAAGAUGUAAAAUUGUCUGCUAUACCAACGAAGAAAAGAACAAAAAACGUGUUUUAUAAUAGUGAAACAAAUCCGAAGAUUAUUAAGGGCAUAACAGCGGUAGAUUAUCUGAAUUCAAAAGCCAAAGCGACAGUGACUUCUGGCGGAGUUGGAUCAACUUUUGCCAACAUAAAAUUGAAAAGUGAGCGCGGAAGUGGACUGAAUUAUCAAGUACAAAUAUUUGUUUAA